UAUAUUAUCAUUAUGAGAUAAAUGUCUGAUUUUAUUUUAUUUUAUCAGUUCAUUCAAAGAAUCAAAAUAAAAAACAAUGAGCAGCAGUGGGACUGACAGUAGUAGUGACAAUGAAGUGGAAGUGGUUGGUGGAAAUACAGGGGGAAGUGCUGAGACUGAGAGAAGUAGUGGGCAGCAACCUAACAUAUUUAAAUGCCCUUCAAUAACUAUGAGCACAUAUGCAAAGGGCCCUUUUAAUAAAGACAAACCUCUUCUCCAAUUUGCUACACCUAGGCCUAGUGGUGAAGGGAAAAAAAAAUCUGGAGGGAGUAGGGUGUGGGGUUCUCAUGUUUGUUUGAAAGAAUUUAGGGGCAGCUACACAAGGGUAAAGUCUCACUUCUUGGGUGUUUCAGGUCAUGGGGUCAUAGCUUGUCCAAAGUUAACAGAUGAAGAGAGGAUAGAGUGUCAUAGAUUGCAUAUGGAGACAGAAAUGGGGAAACAAAGUGGGGCAGCUCUAACACCUUCUUUUGCAUCUUCACAAGCAUCUGGGCCUACGACAUCCACUAUUGGCAGUAGUGAAACUGAGACAAGAGGAAAGAGGAAGGUGAGUAGUGAUAAGGGAAGGUCGGUAGAAGCUUUGUUUAAUAUAAAAGGACGUGAAGCUACAGAGUCAUCAGUUGGUAGAUUCUUUUAUGCUAAUGCCAUCCCAUUUCAUGUGGCACGUUCCUUUUACUUCAAACAAAUGGUCAUGGAUAUAGCCUCUUUCGGUCCUACAUUCACACCCCCUGGAGAUCAUAAGCUACAGACUACUCUCUUAGACAAAGAGUAUUCCAAGGUUAAUGUGUUUGUUGGCGGCAAUAUUGUACAUGAAAAUAAAACUAGUUAAUUAAGUUGUAAUUGUCUUGGUUAGUUGGCAACCGAGGGGUGGCAGUUGCGGUGCGACGGUUGGCGCUCGCACCCCCUCGGUAUCUUUAUAUACUUUCGAAUGUAACUUGGGAAUUACGAUUAUGAAUGGAAUAACAUCUCUUAUAUUUUAUUUGAGAUCUAUGACAUUAUUAUUCUGCAUUACGUGUUUUAUCUGUAUGUUUUAAGUUAUUCACCCGAGAGGGCAAACGUUUGGCACCGUUGCCUAGACAUACUUGGGAACAAAAGAAGUGGAUGGUGCACGUACACGAUGGGCCUACCCGUUGGUGAGAUAAACCUAGAGGCCGACGACGUGCAAACAGAGCUCUACAACGGAGAAGACACUGCGACGAGGGAAUUUUCAAUCAUGCUCCAGGUAGCCAUCGAGACCUACGUCCGACGAGAGGCCACGGAGGCUGAAAUCCCAUCAAGUGCCGUGUGGACAGCACUGGAAGUUAGCCCGACAGUAAAUCGAUUGAUGAACCACCUCCCCCGGUUGCUUGCAUAGGCAUCGCUGACACAACAAGCUCGCCUGGAGGAGAUUGCCCGAGAAGAGCGACACCAACAAAUCCGCCAACAGUAUGAAGAAAGCAGCCGUCGGGAAGCAGAGCGGGAUGGCAUGAGGCCAGGAAGGAAUUGAACCCUGAAUCCCAUAGGGAUAAAGGAACAUUCUAUAUUCAAAUAAAGGUGUCAUAAUAUUGACACAAGUUGUAUCUGAUGAAAUGAAUUAAUAAAGGAGUGUUCUGGUUUUAUGUGUUGUUAUUUAUGGAAAUGUACGACAAUUAGUGCCCAACCUAUUAAACAAAGAUAGAAAUAAGAAAGCAGAAACAGACGAGUGGGAGGCCGCACAGAGGGCCUUGAUUCUGGAACAAGUAGAACGUAGACGGAGGCUGAAGCAACUUGCCGAAGGACGACCUGCCGAAGGGUGGCCCGAAGGGAACCAAGGAGGUGUCACAGAGGGUGCAGAAGCCGAGGGAAAUUUCUACGUGUCGCCAGAACACCGUAGGGUGAGAAGCCAGUUUCUCGAGAAAACAAGGUUACGGAGGAAUCUAGUCGAAGAGACUCGAGAUCAGUUUAGAAACUUAUCCCUUACACCACGAAGUGAGGAUCACCAAAGGGAGUCAGGAGUGGGUGCGGGUGAGAACGAAGGGGAGGACAACCGUACGGCUGUAGGUGCGACACACGGCAGGCAAAACACCGUACCCCCAGUCACCCACGCAGGACACACCACCGACGUCGGAGGAAGUGGCGCAGGGGCUUAGACACAGCCAUAGCCACCUUCGAGGAGACGACCCCCAUCAAUGGUGAGUAAACAGAAACUGCCGAAGUUCAACGGCGACGGGAAGGAAGAUCCCGUCCGCCAUUGCCACACGUGCGAAACCAUAUGGUCAGCAAAUAGUGUUACCGACCAAGACGAAUGGGUAACACAAUUCGCAACAACCUUGAGGGGAGUGGCCAUAGACUGGUACUCAGAUAUGGAUAAGGCCAAAGUCGGCACAUGGCCCGACCUGAAGGAGUUCGAGAUAGAGUUCCGCCUCCUGAGAGACGACAACGAAAUAGUCGCCGAAAUUUAUGGCACAAAGCAGAACAAGAACGAGACUGUCCGAGCCUAUAGUCGGCGGCUGAAGGAACUGUUGGGGAAAAUGGAGAGUCAACCAGCGGAUGGGUUGAAAAAGAGAUGGUUCGUGGAGGGACUGAAACAUUCCCUCCGGAAGAAGAUGAAAAUUGUUCCACCAACAUCGUACGAAGACGCAUACAAUAGAGCGAUGGAUCUCGAGAGCGAGACCAAGACAUCGAAGGAAAAAAGAAGGAUAGCUCGUCCGAGGAAAGCAGCAGCGAUGGUGAGGCUAGCAAAAAGGUGCAAGUGCUCCAGAAAGACAUGGAGCGAAUGAGGAGGGAAUUCACAACAAUGAGAAGCAUUGGUCGGACCGAAGGGGACAUAUGGUGCAUUGAGUGCAAAGAGGAGGGACAUACAAAGGGUACUUGCCCGAAGAAGGCAUUUUGCGAGAUUUGCCAAGUGAUGGGACACUCCACCAAGGAGUGCCCAUACAACAUGAAGACCCGAAGUACGCAAAUGAACCAGGUGUUGUUCACGGAGCAGGCCACAACAUUCGCACCAGCGGGUACGGGCCAACAAACUAACACAACGACAUCAUUUGGAGGAUACCAGGAUAACAGACGCGGCGGCGGAAGAAAUAACAACAAUAACAAUAAUAGAAACCGGAUCCAGUAUGAUGCCAAGGGCCGGCCAAUGAUCUAGUGUAGGGCCUGCAAUCAGUGGGGACACUUCGCCCGCGAUUGCACAAAGGAAGCCACCCCUCAGCACCUCUGCCGAUGGUGUGGGCCAGGCGACCAUGAGGACGCAAAUUGCCUGAAGCUUGGUGUAAACCUUCUAAACAUAGAACCCACAAAGGCAGAAGUGUUGGCAAUCACAAGGGCACGGGCCAAAAAGGUUGCAUACCCAGAUCCCCACACGGAGACCGAGAGAGUGCGGGAAGCAAGAGACGAGAUCACAAAGGAAAUGGCUGCACAAGGACAAGACAGCCACGAGGCCGCAAGUCCGCCACGGACGAGGGGAGAAGAGAAAAUCUUACGGCAAAUAUUGCAUAUGGAGGUACUAGUGAGGAUUCAAGACCUCCUUGAGACCAUGCCGCAGUUAAAAACAACUAUCUUAAACUCCGUACCCCCACAAGUGAAAAUGAGGGAGGUCGUGAGCCCCACAACCGACCCCAUGUUAAGGGAGGUCGUAAGCCCCACGGUCGACCCCAUGUUGUUGGUAGUCAACAGCGGACGCCAACCGACGGUGGUAGAAAUGGGCAUACUGGGGACUACCUUGACAGACACUAUUGUGGACGAAGGGUCAGGAGUAAAUGUGCUCCCAGAAGCGACAUGGAAAAAACUGGGAAAGCCUACGUUGUGGCCCCCCACGUUCAACCUACUAGGGGCAGAUCAACACGGGAUUAAACCCCUUGGUACCCUCAUGGGCCAACAGGUGAUGAUUGGCACGUAGCCAUUCGUGCUGGAUUUUGUAGUAAUUCCCCUGAAGCAGAAAGGGUAUGACGCCAUUCUCGAGUGUGGGUGGCUCAUUGCAGCAAAAGCGAACCAUAACUGGAAGCGGAAUACUCUUUCCUUGGAAAACGUGGGGAGGAAGUACGUGAUCAAUCUCCGUACGCAGAUGGUGAGUGAGGAGUUAGCAUCCUCCUCCGACUCGGAAUCUGAGGGAGACCAGUUGGGGGAGGGUGGAGACGGACGCCGCAUGGAGCCUAGUGACGAAGGGGUGUUAGAAUUUGAGGCACGCUCAGGGGACGACAGGGACUUCUUGAAUGGCCUCUUCCAUUGGCAAAUGGGAGAUUAUGAACUAUUUACAUCCUCGUGCAAUGUAUUGAGCAUCAAGGAAGAACCAGAUAUAUUUCCCCCAGAAUAUGGAGAGUACAAGGAAAGGGAGGCCUUGGUGAAUGAGACGUCGGCACACCGAUUCUCGAAGGGGGAGCCCAUUAAAUAUCAGGAAGCCAAUUUAAAGAAGACAAAUCUUGGGGGGACGAGUGACCCCAAGAUCAUCCUUGUCGGAGAUGACUGGAAUCCAGUGCUGAAGGCCGCAGCCUUCAAAAUUUUCCUUGAAUACAAGGAUGUCUUUGCAUGGAUGUACAAGGACCUGAAGGGCGUGCCCCCAGAGUUAUGUGUACACCGCAUAACAUUGGUAUUGGGAGCCCAACCGAUAAGGAAGCGGCCUUACCGUAUGAACAAAAAUUAUGCCGCACGGGUGAACGACAAAAUUGAGCGGAUGUUGGAAGCGAGCAUAAUCUUCAAAGUGCAGACAAGCGAAUGGGUGUCUCCCAUUGUGAUUUCCCUCAAGAAAGAGGCCAAUCAGAUCCGGAUCUGUGUAGACUUCCGGUGUCUGAACACUGUCACUAUUAAAGACCCGUUUCCCAUACCCUUCACCGACAACAUCUUGGAGGUAGUAGCUGGACAUGAAAUCUAUUCCUUCAUGGAUGGGUUCUCUAGGUACAACCAGAUAUCCAUCGCGGAGGAAGAUAAGUUGAAAACAACCUUCGUGGUGGAGGACGGUGUGUAUGCAUACAACCGAAUGCCCUUUGGUCUAUGCAAUGCACCCGUCACCUUUUAGCGCAUCAUCUUGCACAUCUUCGACAAGAUGUCGGUGGGGAACUUCAAAGCCUUCCUGGACGAUUGGUCUAUUUACAGCGGACAGGACAUCCACCUAAAAACCCUCGAGGAGUGCCUAGAGAGAUGUCAAAGGGCACGGUUGGCCCUCAAUCCGAAGAAAUGUAGAUUCAUAGUACCACAGGGAAGAUUGCUUGGACACAUUGUGUGUAAAGAAGGAUUGAAAACGGACCCGGACAAGAUUCGGGUAAUAGUAGAAAUGGAACCUCCUACGGACGUCAUUGGGAUAAAGUCCUUCCUUGGUCAUGUGGGGUACUACAGGAGGUUCAUCAAGAACUUCGUUGAGGUGUCCCACCCAUUGGAUAGGUUGACACGAAAAGGGGAACCAUACAUCUGGACAGAGCCACAAAGCAAGGCCUUUGAAGAGAUGAAGACGAGGUUGAUGGGAGCACCCAUACUGGCAUACCCGAAUUGGGAUAAGGAAUUCCAUGUUCACGUGGAUGCCUCAAAUUAUGCCAUCGGGGCUACAUUAGCCCAGAGAGGAGGACGGAGCAAGUGUAUGAGCUCCGUGGGCGCUUGGCAUCCACCGCUACACCACCACCGACGCCUUCUUCAUCAGGGACGCCCUCUGCACCCCCUUAGUUUUUUGAUUUUGGGUUCUGUAGUCCCCAUGUAUUCUCCAUUUUGUUGUAAGUCGCCUAGAGACGACUUUUCUUUUGAGGGGGAUGAUGUUGGCGGCAAUAUUGUACACGAAAAUAAAACUAGUUAAUUAAGUUGUAAUUGUCUUGGUUAGUUGGCAACCAAGGGGUGGCAGUUGCGGUGCGACGGUUGCUCUAUUGUGAUGGAUGGGUGGACUGAUGUUAGACAUCGACCACUCAUCAAUGUCAUUGUCACAUGCCUUGCUGGUUCUUAUUUUUUGAAAGUUGUGGAUUGUUCAGGGAAGCGUAAGGAUGCAGAGUUCCAGUUUGGCAUUUUGAGAGAUGCCAUAGAGGAGGUUGGGGCUGCUAAUGUUGUACAGGUGAUCACUGAUUCAGCAUGUGUGUGCAAAACAACAGGUUUGAUGGUGGAGGGUGCUUACAAACACAUCUUUUGGACCCCAUGUUGUGUUCAUGCAUUGAACAAUGCAUUAAAAGACAUAGGGAAAAUAGAUUGGGUGAAGCAAGUGGUGGCAGAAGCUAGAGACAUUCAAAUGUUCAUUUGCAACCACCACACCUCACUUGCUCUCUUUAGAUCAUUUUCAAAGAAAGAGUUCCUUAAACCCGUUGAAACAAGGUAUGCUAAAUUGCUAAUGCCACUUAAUUUUGUAUCAAACUUCCAAUUUUUUUAUUUAAUUCUCAUUGAAUAAAAUAUAGAUAUGCCACCUUAAUUUUUUUAUUAUUUUAAUGAAUGUAGGUAUGCCACUUACUUCAUCUUGUUGGAGAGGAUGCUUGAGGUGCAUGAUCCUCUAUAGUUGAUGGUGGUGAAUCCUGAGUGGGGUAGAUGGUGGGAAUCAAACUCUACUGAAGGAAAAUCUGCCAAACAAAAGAUUCUUGGUGACAAUUGGUGGUUCACUGUGAGGUAAGACAUCAAUGAUUUUAUUAUCAAAUUGUUGAUUGUUUUAAAAUUUUUAAUUAAAUAUUAGAUUGUUGAUUUUCAUAUUCUAAUUUUAAUAUUUUGAACUUUGCACUUGCAGAUAUGUUUGCUCUGUCAUCUCACCUAUUGUAGAUGUCAUUAGAUAUGCUGAUACAGACUCUCCUAGUCUUGGAGAGAUGUAUGAGACAUUUGACAGUAUGCUUGGGAAGAUUAAGCAAACAAUUUUGGCCAAGGAUCCUACUUUGGGGUUCUAUGAGCAACAUAUUAGGCCCAUUGUGACACGAAGGUGGAACAUAAUGAACACCUAGCUUCAUAUGGCAGCCUAUGCAUUGAAUCCCAAAUGGUAUGCACCAAAGGAUGGAAGGGUGCCUCCAUGUGACGAUGAUGAGGUUUUAAAUGGGUUCACAUGAGCCAUUGAUAAGAUAUAUACAGAGGAGCAGGCUUCCAUACUUCGUGCAUAAUUCCUUGACUUCACAAAUCUUCGUGGUCCUAUAUUGAGUAAACCACAGGCUAGGUUGGACAUAGCUAUAUUAGCCCAGAGAGACCCUAUUGGAUGGUGGACAUGGCAUGGGAGGGAUACACCACAGUUGAAGUUGCUUGCCACUCGCCUACUUUCACAGGUUGCUAGUUCUUCUAUUGCAGAGAGGAUUUGGUCCACAUAUGGCUUUAUCCACUCUAUCAAGAGGAAUAGACUUACCUCUAGAUGAACGGAGAAGCUAGUGGUCGUGCAUAGUGCUCUUCGGCUUCGGGAUCGUCAAACUGCAGAGUAUCGACAGACUCUAGCUUUACGAUGGGAUGUCGAUCCCGAAGAUGUGGCCCAGGUUGAUGAGGAGGAGACAUCACAGGGAUUGGUUGGGAUUCAAUUGGACGAGGUGGACAUUGACCAGGACAGUGGCAUAGACUCAGAGGACUCUGAUUUUGAUGCAAUGUUAGGAGAUGCAGAUUAGGGGCAGCAUUAUACUUUGCUUUUUAGUUUUUAGUAUUUACUUAGUACUAUUUUGAUUUCCAUAUCGCAAUUGACAAUGAAACAAUAUGGCAGCAGUGUAGCCUUUGGGCAUUUUGUAUGUUAUUUCUUUAAUAUCUAUUAGGAUAUGCAUAUUGACAAUGUGAAUGAAUUGAAAUUCUGAAUUAUGAGUGCAUAUUGAGUAUUGACUAUUGAGUCUAUUGAUAAUGUUGUAUGUUCGAUGUUUGUAUUCUAAAAUGUUUUCACAGUAUCAUACACAUGCUAUAUCCAUUUUUUCAUAUGAAUAUAAUGUAUAGAUGCAUGCUUUAUCCAUGUUUUCAUAUGAACAUUUAGAAUUUUCCUAUAUAUUUUAAAUUUUCCCUAUAUUUUAUAUAGCCAUCCCCUUUGCCGUCCCCCCCCGUCCCCCCGUCCCGGAAACUUGGGGUAACGUAGUCUACAACCAAAUUCAAAAGAAGAAAAGAAAGUUGUCUAUUGAAUUCCCUAUUGUCCUCGGUGACUAUGGAAGUGUGCCCAAACUUGGCAGCAGUUGAAAAGACAAUAGAGGAAUUGGCGUUCUACCGCUUGACAUUCUACACAUCCAUAUCUCACUAUGAUCCAUAUCAUAAAAUCAGGAAGGUUGUUGGAUUAAAAUUUGUGCACAAGUUUCACCUAGAAGAUUAUUGGGUAGGUGCCAAGGAUGAUCUUGAAGUCAGGAAGAAAAUGUUUUUCAAGCUACCCCUUGACACAAUUAGGAUAGUUUAAAUAAUUCAAGUGUUGGAUUAGGUAAAAGAGGAUUCGGACUUAAUGCAACCAGAAUUUGAAAAGGUGAAGGAUCAGUCCAUUCAACGUCCAGAUUGGUUAGAACCUGAAAUUGAUUAUCUGGACAUUUUGGCCAGACCUAUUCUGAAAUUCACUAGACAUUGGAUUGAGCAUGGUAGGAAGCUGAAAGAAGGAAAUGUUCGCUUGAGCUACUAGUUAAUGGGCUGGAAAUGUUCACCACGCCUCACUUGCUCUCCUUAGAUCAUUUUCAAAGGAGUUCCUCAAACCCAUUGAAACAAGGUAUGCCACUUCAUCUUGUUGGAGAGGAUGCUUGAGGUGCAUGAUCCUCUACAGUUGAUGGUGGUGAAACCUGAGUGGGCUAGAUGGCAAGAAUCAAAUUCUACUGAAGGAAAAUCUUCCAAACAAAAAAUCCUUGAUGACAAUUGGUGGUCCAC